AUAUUUGUGUCAAUAAUUUGGGUCAAAACGAGCCGUAAUUUGUUGUGAAUAACGCUAUGAAUAAAGAAGUGUUUGGUUUUUGGCGUACAAUAGCGUUGAGCCAAUUGUGUGGUUGUCUGUAGUGUUGUAUGUCUUGAGCCGUAAGUGACAGCAAACUCAUCAGAAAUGGCGGACAAAGAUAGCGGUGAGGAGAAGACAAUCGCUCAGGACUUAGUGGUGACCAAAUACAAGAUGGCCGGAGAAAUGGUGAACCGCGUUUUGAAGCAAUUGAUAGAUAAAUGCAAAGCCGACGAAAGUGUCCGCAAUUUAUGUCAAUUUGGAGACAAUUGUAUGAAUGAAGAGACGAAUAAAGUGUUCAAAAAGGAGAAGGAGUUGAAGAAAGGGAUCGCUUUCCCGACAUGUGUUUCGGUCAACAACACUAUCUGUCACUUCUCUCCACUCAAUAGUGAAGUCGAUUACGUCCUCAAAGACGGAGAUGUCGUCAAACUUGAUUUGGGCGCACAUAUCGAUGGCUUCAUAGCAGUGGUGGCGCACACAGUGGUCGUCGGCGCGACCGCUGACAACAAAGUGGACGGACGUAAAGCCGAUGUCAUACUGGCGGCACAUUUGGCGGCUGAAGCGGCUCUCCGUUUGGUGAGACCGGGCUCUGAGAACAAUGCGGUGACGGAUGCCAUACAGAAAGUGUCGGAAUCGUUCAAAUGUAAGCCCAUCUCCGGAAUGCUUUCCCAUCAGUUAAAGCAGUUCCGAAUCGAUGGCGAAAAGUCUAUUAUCCAAAACCCGACCGAAGCCCAGAAGAAAGACCACGAAAAGUGCGAGUUUGAAGUCAACGAAGUCUAUGCCGUCGAUGUCCUCAUCAGCACUGGUGAGGGAAAGGGUCGUGAAUUAGAUUCCAAGACAACUGUGUAUAAGAAGACCGAAGAAGUAUAUCAGCUGAAGAUGAAGGCCUCGCGAGCCUUCUAUAGCGAUGUGGACAAGAGGUUCGGUUCAAUGCCUUUCACUUUGAGGGCAUUUGAAGAGGAAAAGAAGGCCCGAAUGGGAGUCUUAGAGUGUGUCAAUCACAAGCUGUUGGAGCCCUUCACAGUCCUCUACGAAAAGGACAACGAAUUUGUGGCUCAGUUUAAGUUUACAGUUCUUCUCAUGCCUUCCGGUUCUCAUAAGAUAACGGGUUUACCAUUCGAUACGUCUGUUCUGAAGAGUGAGUUCAACGUUGAGGACGAUUCAAUCAAAGCUCUCCUGAAUAAAGGUGUCGGACAUAAGGGCGGGAAGAAGAAGAAGAAGUCGGCCGCGAAGGCUGUGGCCGAGGCUUCCGGCGACAAAGUGGUGAAUAACGGCGUCAAUGCAGUCAAAAGCGAAGAUUAAGUUAAUUUUCUGAACAUUUUUAAGUAUAAAACCAAAUAAGAGUUAAUAAUAAAAAUUUUAUGAAAAUUAAUUUUAAUUUUACGGACCACUCAUUCAUUCAGUUUAUUCCUCCAAUCAACUAAUGUUACGAUAUUAUACAUCAAUCGUUAAUAAUAAAAAGUAUUGGUUUUAAUGUUAA